AUGUCUUUCGCCUUUUGCACUGCCCUUAUCUCUCACAUGUCUGCCCCUAUAAACGAAGACGUAGUGCCUCACCCUAGCGAGGAUGUAGGCAAAUCCGUGAUGUCCCAGAAGGCAACUCUUUCAUCUGACAUUGAGAGAAGACAUGAAGAUAUAAGCAACCUUGGUCAGAGACACCCUGCUGCUGCUGCUGUUGUAGGUGAGAUUAACCAAAGGCAUUCUGCUGCUGUUGCUGCUGUUGCUGCUACUACCGUUGAGGAACUCAACGGCCAACAAAACACUGAGGAAGUGAAUAGCAGAUUCUCAGAUAUUACAAAUCACAGACAUCCUGAAGAGCUUGAUCACAGAAAUUCAGAAGAACAUAAUAACAGACAUCUUGAGGAUGGCAAUCACAGGCCAGAAGUUGGGUAUAGGCACUCUGAUGAGCUCAACAACCGGCAUACUAAUGAACACAAUCUUAGGCACCCUGAUGAUUUGAAUCACAGGCAUAGUGAUGAAGCUAAUCUAAGGCUAACUACUGAUGAACCUGGCUUAAGACAUUCUGAAGAUAUAAAUUUGAGACAUAAUGAUGAGCCAACUCUGCGACACACAGAGGAUUCUACACUGAGGCAUUCGGAGGAUUCUAACCUGCGCUUGCCAGAUGACAUUGGCCAGAGACAUACAGAUGAGCUUAACAAUCGUCACCCUGGAGAAAUAAGACACUCAGAGGACUUGAGGCAGUCCGAUGACCUAAGGCAUCCUGAAACAUUAAGACAUCCUGAUGCCUUGAGACAUCCAGAGGAUAUAAGGCAUUCUGAUGCUCUAAGGCAUCCUGAGGACAUCAGGCACACUGAUGAUUUGAGGCACACGGAUGACCUUAGGCACCCAGAUGAGCUGAGACAUCCAGAAGAGUUAAGGCAUUCUAGCGGCUUGAGACACCCGGAGGAACUGAGGCACCCAGAUGACUUGAGGCACCCAGAUGAUUUGAGGCACUCAGAUGAGUUAAGACAUCCUGAUGACUUACGACAUCCGGACGAGCUGAGGCACCGAGAUGAUCUGAGACAUCAGGAUGAUCUCCGUCACCCUGAUGACUUAAGACACCCAGAUGACUUAAGGCACCCUGAUGACUUGAGACAUCCAGAUGAAUUGAGCUACAGGCAUUCUGAUGAACUUGGACUUCUACACCCAGAAAAGUUGGGUCACAGGCGUCCAGAAGAUUUGACCCAACGGAUUCCUGAUGAGCUUCGCUCAAGGCAAAUAGAUCUGAGCCACAGGCACUCAGAUGAAUUGAGUCAUAGGAUUCCUGAUGACUUUGUCCCUCAAUUCCCUCAGGAUCUGAGCCCCAAUCGCUCAGAUGACCUCAGCCCUCAUCAAUCAAUUGAUGAGCUGAAUCUUAGGCAUCCAGGUGCUGAUUUUGGUCAGAGGUAUCAUGACGAUCUAGGUCUGAGGCAUCCUGAUUCUUAUCAACCUAAUGUCAGUGGUUAUAGUGGUAUUAACAUCAAUGAACUAUCACCACCAACACCCCAGUCCAUUUCACCGUCAUCUCUGCCAGAUGUCACCUGUCACCUAAAUAAUGAGGGGAUUUUUGUUUGCCACCUGUGCAACUUUUCAGUUGCUGGAAAGGAAGCAUUUCAGGAACAUACAUCCAUCCAUUUUAAGCAUGCCUGUCCAAUGUGUGAGUACAAAUCACGAACAGAGGGGCGACUGAAAAAACAUAUUGAGAACUUUCAUAACAACCCCACACCAGAGCAGCUGGCUGCCAAUAAACAAAAGAAAGGCAAAAUGCCAGCUAAGCCAAAGAAAUUCACUUGUAAGACUUGUGGACAUGAAACACCCACAAAGGUUGAAUUUUGGGCACAUGCACGUUCUCAUAUGCGAGAAGAUAAAAUUCUCAACUGCCAGUUUUGCCCCUUUGUCACUGAAUACAAACACCAUCUGGAGUACCAUCUGCGCAAUCACAUGGGUUCUAAGCCAUUCAAGUGCAGUCAGUGCAAUUACCGCUGUGUUAAUAAAUCUAUGCUCAACAGUCACAUGAAAUCGCAUACUAAUGUCUACCCAUUCCGCUGUCAGGACUGUGGAUAUGCUACCAAAUAUUGUCACAGUCUGAAACAGCAUUUGGACAAGUUGGGACAUAUGCCGUCCACAGUCCUGAACAGUGAUGGAAGCCUACCUCAAGGACUUGAUAACAAUGUAUCUCGGUUGAGAUUUGCUAAGGGCAGACGGGUCAAAAUAGCCUGCAGGGCCCCCACUCUUCGCAAACCUGACCGACGUCAAUACAUGCAAGGUGGGUUUUUUCCAAUGGGUAUGCCACCCCAAGUGAUGAAUGGAACUGUUUUGCCCCCCUAUUGGCAUCUCAUGAACCAGAUGCCACCCAACGGUUUCCAUCCUGGUGUACCAAGACCGCCACCCCCACUGAUUCCGGUUUCUGGAGUGCAUUCUGGAGACCCACAUCAGCAGUCCCCACAGCAGCAGCAGCAUCAUCAUCAACAACAGCAACAACCAUCCCAGCUCCAACAACAGCAACCACCACCUCCACCCCAGCAUCAACAGCAAUCACAACCACCAUCUCAGCAACAACAGCAACCACAGCAGCAACCAAUACCGCCACCGCCCCCACCGCCACAUCAGCAGCAGCAGCAUCCUCCUCAAGAUGUUACAGUUUCUACCUCAGUGACAUCUGCUAUCAACUCAAGCCCUUACAAAUGCACCUUCUGUAGUGUUACUGCUGAAAAUAUGGAAUCUUUAAAUAACCACCUUUUGAAAGUUCAUGCUGCCGAGAAUCAAGAUUUGUUCAAUGCAUUCGGCAUCUCAUCUGAAGCUUUGCUUGAGGACCACAACUUACGGACAUCUAUGAUAUCCAACACUUUUAACCAUUCCGACGGAUCCGAACAGAAACGAAAUGAUCCAUCUGAUUCACUUUAUGGAAAUACAGAUAGUAACUUUCAGCGGUCCAGCAAUGGGAGUCCCCCGUUCAACGAAAUGAAAUCUGAUGUUAAAGCAGAGAAUAUCAACCAAAAAGCCACAAUGUCUUCACACCCUAUAAUUCAAUCUAGUGGUUCUUCCUCUCCGCAGGCUAGCACAAUCAAACAAAUGAUGAAUCGUUUUGGAAUGGGGCCACUGCCAACAUCUCAGGCAGGUCCAGAAGUCCCGCAAACAACUGAAAUACCACUAGAUCUGCGAAAACCUAAGUCACCUAUCAUGACUUCUCCAUUCAUGGGAACUGGUCAUGAUUUUGAUAUGAGAAAUGCCAGCAUGCCAGGAUCAAAUGUCCAACCUACAAAUGUAUUAACCUCCCCUAUAACUAGUAUUCACAGCUCUGCCCUCACAAACAUGAAACGUGUCCCCUACCAGGAAGCCAUGACUAAAAAACGUUCUCGUAAAAGUCGAGCAUUUAAAAGAGAUACAUUUCGAAUAAAAUAUGAAGACCACAUUCCAAUGGCAGAUGGAGAUGACGAGCUAUCUCGAGGGAACAAAAGCAGUAGUGUUAGCCCGGAUGUUCCUCAAGAGUGCAUGGAAACUCAAGCUUCUGAGUGUGCCCCAGAAUCUGGAGCAUAUUCCAUUUUUCCUGGGGACAAACGGAAAACUCCAACUGAAGACUAUCCUACCGGUUCUUUCCGGUCAACUCCAAGCAACGAAAAGAGCCCCCAAGGAACUGAUGAUCAUGUAAUCAGCUAUGAACAGCUACACAAAAGUCUGCAGAUCCUUAAUGAAGAACUGGAACACAAACCUGACGUUUCUGCCAACAGAACUCCUUGUCGGGGAUGCAUCGACGUGGUUCAAAAAUUGCAAUGCAAAUCAUUCAAGAAACUGGUGGAAGCCACCAUCAGACAAACAAUCAACCCCCACCUCAAACCCCCAUGUUGCCACCCCAGCAAAAUGGAGCUGGAUUACCUUUUAGACGCUAUCCCAUGA